AUGGGGGCCUGGGAUUUAGCUUUAUGUUGCUUUGCAAUCAUGAUUUGUACGGAAGAGCUAUUUGCCUCCAGAAAUAAUACCCUACACAAGGACUGUUCUCCAGAUUGUUCUGGAAGGAAGAGAGUCAGAAGAAUUCCCCUCAGAAGAAGCUACUGCUGGCUGAGAGGCUGUUGCCCAGGCAGAGAUGACAACUGCAUCUUUCAAUACAAUGUCAGAAAUGCCACAUGCUACUGUGAUGAAUUUUGCACUUCGGAGCCGCCUGAUUCUAUUGACUGUUGCCCAGACUUCUGGAUGGUUUGCCACAAGCAUGCUCCAGAGCAUUUAAGACCUCAGGAACAGCAAUGGGGUUGCUUCAAAGACGGCCAGCAUCAUGAAGAAGGAACAACAUUUAAAGAUAACUGCAACAGUUGCGAGUGUGUAAACAGUCAUUGGAGAUGCACAGAUAAAACGUGCCUCAUUCAGCCCAAAUUAAUUGAGCAAAUCAACAGUGGGACCUAUGGGUGGAAAGCUGAUAACUACAGUCAGUUCUGGGGAAUGAGCUUGAAAGAAGGUUUCAAUUAUCGGCUCGGCACAUUUUACCCAUCGGCUGCCCUGAUGGACAUGCGACCUAUCACGGAAAACACAGCAGAUGUUGCAGACUUCCCUGAAUACUUUGUGGCUUUCUACGAAUGGCCAGGCUGGAUUCAUGAUCCUUUGGACCAGAACUGUGCAGCAUCUUGGGCGUUUUCCACUGCAAGUGUGGCUGCAGAUAGAAUAGCAAUCCAUUCCCAAGGCCGUUUCACGGACAACCUUUCCCCUCAGAAUCUGGUCUCUUGUGCCAUCAAGAAUCAGCAUGGCUGCGAGGGAGGGAGCCUAAGCAACGCUUGGUCCUAUAUCAAAAAUAUGGGUAAGCUGGUAUCCCAUGCCUGCUACCCUCUAUUCUGGAACCAGCUUCACCCAAUGAAUUGCGCCAUUACAAGCAUGUUUGAUGCUGAGGGGAAAAGACAGGCUACAAAGCCAUGUCCAAAUCAGUUUGAAACAUCAAACCGCAUUUAUCAGUGUGGCUCUCCCUACCGAAUCUCUUCAAAGGAAGCCGAUAUAAUGAGAGAAAUCAGAGAAAAUGGUCCAGUGCAAGCCGUCAUGAAAGUAUACGAUGAUUUCUUCCUUUAUAAGAGCGGGAUUUAUAGGCACACCAGUGGAAAACCACAGCGUGAGCGCCAGGAGGGACUCCAUUCUGUCAAAUUAGUCGGGUGGGGUAUGCUAGAAGAUGCCGAAGGACAGUGGCAAAAAUAUUGGAUUGCUGCAAAUUCCUGGGGAAUUUCCUGGGGAGAAAACGGUUAUUUCAGGAUUUUACGAGGACAAAAUGAAUGCGAUAUUGAAAAACUGAUCCUAGCUACCAAAUGUCACCUUUAA